AUGGAAAUCACUAGACCAAGACCGCGGCCGCCAAAGGACCUGAUCUGCCGGAAACACCCAAAGAACGCCCAGUCUCCGGGAGUUUGCUCCGUUUGCCUCAUGGAAAAACUCUCUCAGCUCUACACAGCCACCGUUUCAGGUAGCAACACCACCACGAUGGCCUCUUCCUGCUCUUCCUCGUCUCUGUCUCCUCUCUCCUCCUCCUCCGGUGUUUCCUCGUGCUCGUCGCCGUCCCGCCGCCGCGUUCAAGAUAUAAGCGGUCUGAUGAUGAAGAGUAGGUCGGUGGCUUUCAUUACAAGACGGCGGCGAGUGGAAGACGACGGGAAGGGGAAAACGGCGGGGUUCUGGUCAAAAUUGCUCCGGCGGAAGAAGAACAGAGUGAAUGAACGGCUUAUGCAUUCGAAGACUACGCGGGAGAGGGUUGCCGUGGUUUGA